UGUGUCACGUUUUCACUUUUUACACAAACUGACGGCACAGGUCAUCUGCAUCAAUCAUCAACAUCGACGUCUUGCUCAACCUGUUAUUAGCAACAUGCAGACAGCUAAUGCGAAACUCGACGUUUCCCCGUUACCAGAUAUCAUCAGUGCAAUGCGAAACAUCAUAAAGGUGCCCAUUGUUACAAUUAAUCAUGUCUGAUAAUAAGUCAUAAUCACUCACUUCAGCUCGCACAUUCACAAAUAAUCAACGUUCUCGAUAUAAUUGCAGAGCGCCAGCAGCAGUUGGACGCAGUAUUGCAUGAAAUCUUAGGCCUGGAAACAGUCAUGGAUGGAGUCAAACAUCUUCAUCAGCAACUCGUUGAAAGGAAAGACAAGAUCACUCAGUCGAUGCAUUUUCACAAGGGGCUCUUAUCGCCUCUCUGGCGCCUUCCAGCUGAACUACUUUCUGAAAUUUUCCACCACUGUCUCCCGGAAGCCGAGCAAAAAAUUGAACGCUCAGCGUGUUGGCUAGGCCUAGAAGCUCCAAUGCUGUUCACAGGAAUAUGCCGACGAUGGAAGGAGGUUGCUACAAGCACGCCCAGUCUGUGGUGCAGGUUGCACAUAGAGGUCACUGAUAUAAGUUGGCAGCGCGUGUCUUCCUGCUAUGACCUGCAGCUCAAGUGGUCGCGGGGACUCCCACUCUCAUUGGCAGUCCAGUGUUACAAGGACCAUCAUUCAACUACACUACGGCGCCUCCUUCAUCCUUAUAUGCAUCAAAUCUCGUCUCUAUACAUCUUUUUCUUCUUCCGGGCCGAUAAACCGCAACUUUUGUUAACAGACCUCCCAGCACUCGAGGAGCUGACCAUAUACUUCAAUGAUCAUGUCAUGCUAGACUCUGUAUUGCAAUUUCCGUCGACAAUGCGCAGGUUCACUGCUAUACUACCGUCGUACCAACGCAAUAAUUUAGGCCUCAUGUGGGCCCACCUAACAGAUCUUGCGGUGGGUGAAGUGUUUCAUCCGGCUAAAAUCAUCGAGAUGCUCCAGCUAUGUCCCAACCUCUCCUCGUUGGCAAUACGCAGCGCAUUCCAGAAUGAAAGACCAAUCUUGGAGCCAAUCACACACACCAGCAUUCAAUCCUUACGAAUUGAUUAUAUCGGAUACUAUGACAGGUCCUUGUGUAGCUUCUUCCGUGCCCUAUCACUUCCGAACCUGCGCUUCCUUGAAGUUCGCCUUGAUUGCCAUGACGGUAUAAAAGACAUUCAUCGGGCGUUGAAAGCGUUAUUGAAACGGUCAGGAUGUGCCCUGGAACGUCUGACGUUCGGCAUCAAGGUGCACUCGAAUAUGACAGAUAAGCAGCGAGCAGAAUACACUACUCUGAUUCCUUCGCUCGAAAUAGGAAUAACAGACUCGGGAAGUGGACACCGUUUACCAGCUAGUUACGAACCACACUUAGACACUUCCAGAGUCAUUGCUUCAUUUUACUCUGAAAUUUUAGACCGGAGGGUACAUAAAUACGAGUAAUAUUGACUAUAGAGGGUUUAGGAAGAUGCAGAUGCAAGUCAGAACUACGACCCAGUCAAUAUGAAGGUGGUGAUAUUUUGAACUGGGCCAGAACGCUCCUGCCAGCCUGUUCGUUGAAUACUGUAAUGACUAAACAUGUUGUCGGGAUCCAUCCAGUGGCUCUGCUACUCGGUACAGUCUACUGAAGUCGUAGGUUAGUCGUGACGAGAAAACACGAGCGAGAGACGUGGAGAAUGAGAAGUAUACAUAAGAGCGAAAAGAAGAGGCGAAAUAGUCGUUAAUA